AUGACCAUAAAGAAAGCUCUGCUUCUACAGGCCCUCACCCUGACCACCAUGAUGAGCCCCUGUGGAGGUGAAGACAUUGUGGCCGAUCAUGUGGGCACUUAUGGCACAAAUGUCUACCAGACAUAUGGCGCCUUUGGCCAGUUCACAUAUGAAUUUGAUGGAGAUGAGCUCUUCUACGUAGACCUGGAAAAAAUGGAAACUGUGUGGCGACUGCCUGAAUUUAGCAAUUUUACCAAGUUUGAUACUCAAAGUGCCCUGAGAAACAUUGUUGUGGCAAAAAGAAAUUUGGAUAUCUUGAUAAAAAAUUCCAACUUUACACCUGCCAUGAAUGAAAUUCCUGAAGUGGCUGUGUUUCCCAAAUCUUCUGUGAUCCUUGGUAUUCCCAACACCCUCAUCUGCCUAGUGGACAAUAUAUUUCCUCCUGUGAUCAACAUUACCUGGUUUUAUAAUGGACACUCAGUUGUAGAAGGAGUUACUGAGACAACCUUCUACCCUAAAAGUGACCACUCUUUCUUCAAGCUCAGUUACCUCACUUUUCUUCCCUUCACUGAUGAUUUCUAUGACUGCAGAGUGGAGCACUGGGGCCUGGAAGAGCCACUCCUCAAACACUGGGGUAUGUAUAAAUCCCAUCAUUGUUUGCAAAUUCUCUGAUUCAAUCCCAAGUCCACAUCAUCGUGCCUUAUAGCUCUUAAUUCCCAGAAUCA